AUGGAGGAACGUGGGAGUUCUAAGAUGAAGAACAAGGGGAAGAAACGUCCCUUUGAAAAACAAAACCAACAACAGAUCUAUCCAAAGCAAAGGAUAAGAAUAACCGUUUCGGGAAAGGAUAUAAGGAUCAAGGCCCAUCCUCUUAUCAAGGAUAAUGAGGUGAUGUGGUGGAUUGACUCGGGUGCAAGAACAAAUGUUUGUAAGGAUCACGACUGGUUCAAGACAUACGAGCCAGUUAAAGAUGGAUCUGUACUUCAUAUGGAAAACGAGCCAACCGCUCCUAUCCUAGGUCGUGGAAAAGUGAAAUUAGAUCGGGUGGAUCCGGGUCGGAUCACAGUCGAUAAGAGGAGAUUCUGGGUAGAACGGACGACCAAUCGGGUAGAUCCGGUUCGGAUCACAGUCGAUAAGAGGAGAUUCUGGGCAGAACGGACGAACAGUUCUGGGCCGAACGAACAGACGGUUCUGGGCGAUCAGACGGACAAGUCUGGGCGGAACGGACGGACGAUUUUGGGUGAUCAGAUGGACAAGUCUUGGCAGAACAGACGGAUAGUUCUAGGUAGUCUGACGGACGAGUCUGGGCAGAACGGACGGACAGUUAUGGGAUGA